AUGAUGGAACCGCCAUCAUUUGUGGUGAAAAGCUUCCAUCGCGAAACGUCGGCGGCGUUGGUUUCGUCGUGCACCCAUCAGUCAUCAUCCCGUCGAUUCUUACGAGGUCCUGCUCCUCGCUUCGCCAUCCCACGCCUUCGACAUAAGGCCAUCUCUAUCGUCACCACCUACUCUCCACGCUCUACAGCUGAAAAAGUAGAGCUCGAUGCGUUUCAUGACCAACUUGAAAAAAUCAUCCACAACGGAAAGUACUUCUACAAUUUCAUUGUUGGAGAUUUCAACGCUAGGCUUGGCGAAGCACAGGAGGAGGAGUUCAGGAUUGGAAAGUUUGGAAUGGGGGACAGGAACGAGAACGGAAACAGUCUGGCUGGACUCUUUAUACGACGGCGAUGUUCUGAAUGGCGCCCUAUCCCAAUAUGACUAACAGGUCUUGGAGAAACGACUGAAGACUACGACGCUCUGGUUUGGGGUCUGUUCACUUGUGAUGAAGAGGCCAAGCUUCCUCGAGUGGAUACCUCCGCUCGCAUUCCAGAGGACUCCGUGCAGGUGGCUACGAACUUCAUGCGCUUCCCGCAGCAGACAUAA